AUAAUUAUAUCAAUGCUAUAUAAAAUGUUAUCAAUUUAUCAAAUUCAAAAGUUUGCAGUAAAAGCUGCAAAUUUUUAAAUUACGUAUUCUACUAACAACUAGGUGGUUGGAUUUUGGUUAUUCCUACUCUAAUAUCGUUUCCACAAAUUUUGGUCAUGUUGGUAAUGAAAAUUGAUCGAUUGGCAAACUUGCUGGACUAUGAUUCACUUUAUUCUGCAAUUGAGGGAUGCUGUGGUGUCUUCCAUUUUGCAAGUCCACUUCCCACCACUGCUGUACAGAAUCCUAAGGUUGAACUGAUUGAGCCCGCAGUUAAAGGCACACUUAAUGUACUUAAAGCAUCUCUUGCGGCUGGAGAUGAGACCUGUUGGUCAGAUAAGGAAUUACAGAAAAAAGUGGAGAACUGGUACGGUCUCACCAAAACAGAAGCAGAAAGUGCAGCUUUAGAUUUUGCAAAAACAAGUGGGCUUGAUGUUGUGACUGUCUGUCCAACUCUUGUUUUAGGGCCAAUGCUGCAAUCCACAUUGAAUUCAAGUAGCAUGUUUCUCAUAAGGCUGUUAAAAGAGGGCUAUGAAUCGAGGGAGAACAAGCUGCAAAAGAUUGUGGAUGUGCGCGAUGUUGCUGAAGCAUUACUUCUUGCAUAUGAAAAACCUGAGGCUGAAGGGAGAUACAUAUGUGUGGCACACAUGUUGAUGGCCACGGAUUUGGUGGAGAAGCCAAGGAGCAUUUAUCCUCACUACAAUUAUCCUAAAAGUUAAUUAAGUCACUAAGUUCGUUGCUUUUGCUCUACUGAAAGGAACCUUUCUUGUCUAGUAUUAGUUAUUUAUUAUCAGUUGUAUUAGGAUUUGUUUGUUAGAUAAACACUUGAUGAGACC